AUUGACUACGGAGCUGAUUCCUCGAACGCACAAAUCGACUCUUCAAUUUGGAGGUAUAAAGAAGAAAAUGGCGUCUGGAGAGUCUUCGAAAAGUGCCGAAUCUGAAUCUGCUUUUAAUCUGUUUUAUACUGAAGUUAAAGCUAUAGAACAAGUUGACUCAGUAUUGACAUCAAAGCAACAGAUAGACAGACUUCACAGACCUGGCUCAACAUAUUUUAAUCUAAACCCAUUUGAGGUUCUUCAAAUUGACCCUGAUUGUACUAUGGCUGAUGUAAAGAAGAAAUACAGACAGUUGUCAAUAUUAGUCCAUCCUGACAAGAACCCAGCUGAUCCAGAUCGAUCACAGAAAUCAUUUGAAGCUGUAAAUAAAGCCUAUAAAACAUUAGAAAAUGAAGAAGGUUAUAAAAGAUGUAAAGAAAUAGUGGAAGAAGCCAAGACGAGAACAGAGGAUAUGAUGAAACAAAAAAGAAAAACAUUAAAGAAAGAAGGAAAACCAAUAAUUAUACCUGAAGAUGAUACAGAACAGUACAAACAUGCUGUGUAUGUACAAACUUGUAAAUUGUUUGCAGACUUGGAAAGACUGAGACAGGAAAGAGAAGCUAAAGACAUGCAUGAAAGGAAAAGAAAAGCUGAGGAAGAGGAAACAGAAAAAGAAACAAAGAAAAUAAAAGAAGAGUGGAAUAAAAACUUUGAGGAAUCAAGAUCAGACCGAGUUAACAGCUGGAGAAAUUGGAAGACAGGUUCUAAAAAGACAAAGACUAAGACAACUAAAAGUGGAGAAUUCAAACCCCCGAAACACAAGGCAGAGCAGCGAUGACUAAUCUUACACAUGUGUUAGAUAAUAAGGAAUUAUAAAAGGGUUGUUAAUGGAUAUGAAAUUCAGGUCAGGAGCUCCAAAUAUCCAAUAGAUAAUUCUUUAAAACAAUGACCAAGAAUACAAUGUUAAGUGAGUUAUGUGUGUGUAAUAUAAUUUGGUAAUGAAAGGUUUUAUGUGUGUAUUGAGAGUUUGUAUAUGUUUGUUAGUUGUUGAAGAUAUGGUUUGUCAGCACACGACUAUGUAUUGUACAUUGUAUACUAUUCUUCAGGUGUCAGUUUAACUGAGAGUUCAGUUUAAUGAUUUUAAUACCUUGCAUAUUAUAGCAUCAGUUUAUAAUGUUGAUUAAGUGUAGUUUACUGGUGUUUACAUCAACUUGAAACUUAUAUGUGUAUUAUAAUGUGAAAUUUGAUAAAUAAAUAUAAAACUUUAGGCUGGCUUGAACUUAGAAACUUUCUUCAAAUCCAGAAUAAUUUUUUGUGAAAGAUGUUUUGGGGGCCAUACCCCCAAGUCUUUUCAUAUGUCCUUCUGUCCAUCCAUCACCAACAUGUCAGUCAAUUAUUCAAAAACACUUGGACGAGUUCACAUGAAACUUUGGUAAAUUGUUUACUGUGGAUUCAUUUAUGUUCGUGGGUACACAUUUUCGUGGAUUGAACAAAACUUGGACUUUUCGUGGAUAUUUAAUUUCAUGGUUCUGCCAAAGUCUGCAUGCAAGUCUAUUGAAAAUUUGUAAUUCGUUGAUCAUUUAAAUUCGUGGUUCAUCUGUACCAACGAAAUCAACGAAAAUUGGUAUCCAACGAAAAAUAAUGAAUCCACAGUAUAUCUAUUGACAUGAGCUACAUAUUGUUUUUGUCUUGCUUGAAAGAGUCAAAAAGCAAGACAUAGGUUUGCUGUUUCCAUCAGCGGCAGCAUCAACAAUGGACUAGUUUAUGAUUAGGUCUAGUUUGUGAAAACCACAAGUUGUAGGUCAAUGAUAUUUUGUAUACAGUUGUAUUUGUAUUGGCACAUCUCAUUUCCAUAGAGAUUAUUUGGCCAUGCCCCCCCCCCCCCCCCCCCCCUUCAGUCGUGGUCUAUUCACUUUGAAACUUAUGCUUAGUUUACAUGUAUUAAUUUGUGUGAUAAGGUCAGUUCAAGAGGAAGCAUUAGUGGUAGGACAAUGUUAAUUGGUAUUCAUUUGUAUAAGUAUUAGCAAAUCUCAUUUCAAUGGAGAAUAUUUGGGCCCACCCCCUCAGUCACAGGCUAUUGACUUUGAAACUUUUGCUUAGUUUACAUAUUAGUUUGUGAUUAGAUCAGUUUAAUAUUUAAUGUACAUGUUAGUUCCAAUAUAGUAGGUAUGCAAAGUUAUUGGCAUUUGCAAGUAUCCUUUUCUUGGGAUUUUAUAGCCCCAUCACCUCAUAGUGGGUCAUUGACUUUGAAACUUUUUUAUAGUUUACUAGUAAAUGUUUGUGUUUGUGUUUAUUUAAAGGCAAUGACUUAUAAUAAGUCAAUGGUAUUUGGUAUGCAGUUGUAUUAUUUCCAUGGAGAUAUAUGUGAACAGCAAAAACUAGACUUGUUGCUUUUAAAUAGAAUUAAGCAGGGACGGAUCAAGGAUUUAAGGUUAGGGGGUGCAAACUAAAUCUUUGUUUAUGUAAAAUUAUCUUUAUAUUCUUUAUUAAGCUGAGGACAACCCAUGUUUUUUUCAAAUUAUAGGGAGGGAACAUACAUACCACACCACUUCCUGAAUUGUCUCUGUAGGCAACAGGGAAAUUAGAUUUUAUCCUUGUACAUCUUUCCAUACAUCCUUAGUUGGGUUCUGUUCUCUUACUUCUGAUUGUCAAGCCAAAUGUGAUGAAAGUUAUACACAAUGUUUAUUACCUACUUCAGAACACAGAUCAAGUGCAAAAAAUUGCUAUGAAACUUUACUCACAAUGAUUAUUACAAAAUGUAUCACCAAACACAGAUAUACUUCAAAUGUUGGUGGCUUCACUUAAACUUUUGUAGAGUUGUGUCCCUUUAUAUAUGAAAAAAUGCUAAAUUUGCCUUUUCCACACUAUAACUUUACUUUGCCUAACCCAAAUGUUAUCAAACUAUAUACACAAUGCUUUAUUUUUAAACACAGAUCAAGUUUGAACUUGGUAGCUGUCCCUUUCACGUCUGGAGUUAUUAGAUAUAAGAAGAUCUGGUAUCAGUGUUGUGUCAAUGAUCUAAAAUCACUAAAUUUGCUAUAUAUAUUUACAGGUUUUUUACUCAACUUUCUGCAUUAAAUGUUGAAAAAUUAAUAGAAUUGUAGAAACUGUUUACAGCAAAAAUUAUGGGUAUACAUGACAUGACAUAAACUAUUGACUAAAACUUAAAAGCAAGGUGAGGUGUUCAGGCUCCCAGAAACCGCUUGUUAUUGAUUCCUCCAAUUUUAUACCCUAUACUGAACAAAAAAAUGCAAUGUGAGAGAGUUAGAAGAGAAUACCAGUUUUAAUGUCAAAUAUGUAUUGGCUUGUAAGAAAUGUGACAAGUAUUUUUGUAAAGUUAUGACAAAAGAUGUUAAUUUUAUGAAAGCAUGUAUUCAUAUGUACAUAUAUAAUAUGCAAAUCAUUAUAUGUCAUUAAAUUUUCAUUAAUAAAGAGCAUAUAAUGUUUAA